AUGGCGAUUCCUGAGAUAACUUUGACAAUUCCUCCUGAUGCAGAUCCCUCAGGGCAAUUCCACAUAUGGGAAAAACGCAGGAUGGAGCUUGUCCACAGUUUAGGCCAUUAUCUUUUAAUGCUUACCGAAGCAGAAUUAAUUCAAUGUUUCGAAAGUUGGGAAUCGAAGCUAAAAGAAUUACAAAAUGUUGACAAAGGCUUCAACUACUUACUCGCAUUACUCUAUAUUUCUAUUUUACAUUACUUCACACGCUCAGCAGACCAAAUUCGAACUCAUAUUUCAUUCAUGCGAAAACUUUUAGAAACUAAAAAUAAGACACAAAUCAUGUGUGCCGCGCAAACAUUCGCAUGGUGUGCAUCAGAAUCCCAGGAAUGCGUUGACUUUAUGAGAGAAUUGUUAUCUCGUGCUUCUAAAUGGAUAACAAGUCAGCAUACCGCAUUUUCCGCUUUACAUGUGCUUUUCAAGUCGGGUAACUUCCUACUUCCAAACGUUUUUGAAGAAACAUCAAAUAAUUACAAGCAGCUAUGCACAUGGCUGUCUUGUGAUGAUAUAGAUCUUCAAACAAUGUCAGCGAAAGUACUCCAAUUGCAUUUUAAAGCUCUCAAAAACAAUAUUGCGCCCGUAAAUUCCUUAUUUGACGAAUGUUUAAACAAAAUAAGUUCCCAAUGCCAAAAUCUCUAUGGUUCUAUCCGCGUUAUCGAUUACAUCCUUCAAACUUACGUAAAUCCAAAUCAAGCAAUGGCAGUGAUGGAUUUAGUCGAAAAAUUUCCAUAUUUAAAGUACGAGAAUCUUAGUUUUUCAUGGUACGUCACUUUACUUAAAGUUGUUGAAAACAAAUCCUUAUUAAUAGUUAUUACGCCAGAUACAGCUCCGAGGUUACUUUCUACUCUAUUUGCGGCCUGCAAAAAAUUUAUGUCGUUAAGAUUAUACGAAAAGGUCUUUGAAUUCUUCAAAUCUUUUAAUCCUUCGACAAUUAAAUCAUUUUUACCAUUUAUCAUCGAUUUCCUAGCAUCUACAGUUACAGAACAUAGAUAUCCUCAAAUAUGCGCUAUUGCUUUCGAUUCUCUUAGUUAUUUAAUCGAUACUUUUGAAAAUUCAAUUCGAAUUCCAGCUUCUUUCUUCUUAAACGCAGAGCCUUCACCGCAAUACGUAUCAGCAUUACGAAAGUCAAUGCGUAUCUUUACAGAAUUAAAGCCAACAAUAGUUUCCAAAUUCAAAGAAGGAAUUUCACCGAAAGCAACCAUUGAUCAUCAAAUAUUAUCACUUACAAUAUUCAGCAAAUUUACCAGCCACAUUUUUGAUAACAUAGAAAACGUUUUUGAUACGAUUUCUUAUUUAGUCAAAUCUCCAAGUAAAAAUGUCCGAUUACUAAUGGUCACAAUUCUUCCCAUUUUCCAUAAUAAGAAAGCUCUCGAUGACUUACUGUUCCUAGCUCUUUUCGAUCCCGAGAAAUCCGUAAGAGCCGCUGCUGUAAGCCAAUUGAAAGCUUCUCACCUCGAACAACUACAAUUACUCUCUCAAAUAUUGACAGAUCCAUCGUAUACAGUUCGAAGAAACGCGAUUAAAUUAGUUGCUCAAGUCGCACCAUCGAAUCCGAUGCUGUUUUACGUACCAAUUACAAUGCUUGUACAACAGACAAUGAUAUCGAUACUUACUACUUCAAAUCCUUCGAUUUGUCAAAAAAUUUCUUCAUUAUUACCUUUAAUUUCACAGCAUUUGCUUAAUUUCUGUCCAUCAUAUAUUCCACAAGUGAUAAAAGUAUGUUAUACUUUCUUAUGUCCCGAAAAAUACAAAAACAAAGAUUCAAAAAUUUUAUCUGUCAUUCAAAGAGACAUGAAUCAUGAUGGAAACCUAUUAAUAUCGAAUACACGUCCAUUCGAUGCUUCAUGUGUCAACUUAAAUCGCGUUUUUGAGAUAGAAAACAAACAUUUUAUUGAUAAACGCGAUGGAGAUCUCUUUGAAACACUCAAAUGCUUAGCACAACACUUAGGACCAUACUUAGAUGAACUUAUGCCUAUUUAUCUUUCAGUAUUCAGCGAAAACAGGACAGAAUUAGUUUAUAGGUCCGCUUUGAACUCAUUAAUAGAGAUUGUAAACCAACUAGAUAUUGCCAGUAACAUACCAACCACACAACCAACCCUUCCUCAUACUCUAAUUACCCUUCUAAGAGAAAAACCAAGUGAAGAAGUGGCCAUUUUGAUUUUGAAACUACUUGCAACGUUCGGAAUUACCUCAUACCCAAGGAAUAAAAGCGUUUACGAUGAUUCCGAUGACAUUGAGUUCGAUUUCAAAUCUCCAUCUUAUUAUACCGACUCCGUUUUGAAUUCAUUAGUUAAGAUUCUUGAUGAAGAACAUUCCUGCGUAUACGAAUCAGUGACAUCUAUCUUCGUUUACGAACACCACCAAGCGGUGAAGUUCCUCCGACCAAUUAUAAAAGGCUAUGAAAAAGCGAUACUUACUUCGAAGCCAAAAAUAAGGGUUGUGUUAUUUAAUCACUUAGAAAUCAUUUGCUACUAUUCCGGCAUCAGAGUUGCAAGUUAUGCCAAAACAUUAACAGAUUUAAUCUUGCAAAACAUUUCUAUGCCAGAAGCGCUUAAAGUAGCAAGUGUUCUAAGCUAUUUCCUGAAGAGCGAGUUCAUUCCUUUCGUUCCAUCCCUUUACCAAGAGUGUUGUCACAUUUUGGGAAUGUCAAAGAACGGAGUUUCCAAAGAACUCUUUAGAUUUUUGACAUACGCGGUCAUUUUCCAGAACCAGCCAUUGGAUAACUUCAUUUUCGCAUGCGAACAAAGAAUGCUCAUCAAACCAAGUCCCGAUGAAAUCACUUUGAUGCUGAAUUCUUUGACAACAAUAACUCAUUUGUCAGAUGUCACUUUUGACUGUUCUCGAAUUGCGAGAUUAUGUAUUCCUUUGUUAGGUACAAGUAACAGGAAUAAUGUCAUGCAGUUACUUUAUUCAUUGGUGAUUUUCUGCCACUUGAAUGUUGAAUUCUUAGAAUUUCUUUUACCUGAUAAAGAUGUUGGACUUCCCGCUCUCAAAGAUUAUUUAUCAGGUAAAUCUUUAUCUAUUGAUUCUUUCAUUACUCCAAUGAUUAUCGUUUGCCAGGUUGAUCCCCCUUCUUUCUUGCCUCCACCUUAUAAUUCUUCCACAGGAAUUUUUGAGAGCUUUACAACUAGUGUUCCAACGAAUACAGAGAAAUGGCUAGAAGAUCUUUGCAAAGCAGUGAUUUGCGGAUCACCAUAUGCAUGCAUUAGAGCAUGUUUACAACCAGCAAUCACUUCACCUGAUUUUAGAAAUGACAUUUUCCCCGUUGCAUUCUUAAGUUGUUGGAAAGAUGCUCCUAAAGAUGUCAAAAGUGAUUUCUCCAAAGUUAUGGAACAAAUUUAUACAGAUACAACUAAUCCUCCUGAACAAAUCUUCCUUACUUUGGCUGAAUUAUUACUUAGAGCUGGAGUUCCUUUCGAUAUUUCAAACUAUACAUUGGCAACUGCUUGUGUCAGUCCAAUGCAAAGUUGUAGAUUUUUGGCAAGAUUUUAUUAUGACAAUCCAAAUGACACUAAAGGUAUUGAGUUCCUUCUUGACUUGAAUACUCGUUUAUCUCGUCAUCAUAAUUCACGAGGUCUUCUCAAACUGAAAGGUGUCGAUUUGCCAAACAUAGCGAAAUGGAAUGAGAAACUCAAUCAAUGGGAGAAAGCUCUUGAAAUAUACACUCGCGAGGAGUCAACAAAUUUACCAGCAAUUCUUUGUUGUUAUGCACGUUUGGAAAGAUGGGAUGAUAUUCGUAAAUUAAAUGACCAAUUCCAGUAUUUGAGUCCGGAACAGAAGAGUGAAACAGCACUGUGGUACGCGUGGGCAUCAUUGAAAUGUAAUGAUUUCAACGAUGUCUCUUCAUUCAUGACAUAUAUGAAUAGUGAUGACAGUAACUUAGAAACAAUUCUUUUUAAGUUGAUUUUUUAUGUAAAAAGUGACAAUACUGAAGCCGCCCAAAAACUUCUAAAAUAUGCAAUGCAAUUAUUAGUUAAUAAUUGUUCAAUAUAUAGUUCAUUGAAUGCUGCACGCGCUGACACUAAUUUGAUUUACGCAAAUCAUUUCAUUGAACUUGAAGAAGCUCUUAAUUUCAGAAAACAAAACAUCACAAAACCUCCAAAGAUUUGGGCCAGAAGAUUAAGUUAUAUAACAGGAGAUAGUCAGUCAUUUAUGCGUCUUGUUGAGAUAAGAAACUUAGUUGCAUCGCCAACAACAAACAGAAGAACUUAUUUGAAGUUGUUGUCUAUUUUAGUUAAAGAAAGAAAAUGGAAUUUAGUUGAUAGAUUCCAACCAUUAGUUCUUGAACAUAUCGACUCUCCUGAUGUUCAAGUUUCAUUUGUUAAAAUACUUUGGCACAGAGGAAAAGCAAAUGAAGCAAUUGAAGCAAUACAUUUGUUGAAUGCAAUACAUUCCAUCACGGAAAAAUCAACAUUUAUUGAAGCAUUCAACAAUGUAAAUAAGAGCAGUUUGGAAUCACUUGCAAAAGUAAUUUCCACAAAAGAUUUCAAAGUUGAAUCAACAGCGGAUUCAUUUUACGAAUACGCAGUGAAAUCAAGGAAAUUCAACUUAUUUGAUGACAAACAAAAAGCUCGAAUGCUUCGAUUGGAAGCUACAUGGAUUGGCCAAGAAUAUUCAACAGUUGACAAUGCACUCGAAAUGUUCCAGAAGUCAGCAAAUCUCUAUGCAAAUGACUACAGAACAUGGUCGAACUGGGCAUACACUGCAUCAAAGAAUGUUGAUGACAGUGACAAAGACGACAAAUACGUGCAAAUGGCAAUCAAUGGUUUCCUUCGUGCAAGUAUUUUGCAUACAUCAAACACAUUGGAAUAUCUUUGCCAAUUAUUCAGUCUUUUGUUCCGUUAUUCGAAGAAGAUGACAUUCCAAGAAGAUAUUUUCACUUGUAUUAAGGAAUUAUUACCUCCUGUCAUUGAACAAAUCCUUCCACAGAUUGUUUGUCAUAUUUCUCACAGCGAAGAAGUUGUUCGCAACCUUGUUCAUCAACUAAUUAUUUCCAUUGCCGCACAUCAUUUCCAAAGCGUUGUUUACCAAAUACAAUUAAUUGCAAAUGAUGUUGAAAGCGAGAAAAGUCAAAUAGCAAGAGAUAUUUUAUCAAAAAUCUCUCUUCCUCAUCCAGAAUUGGCUUCAGAAGCUUCGAUGUUAAGUGAUGGAUUAUCAAGAUCCGCUGUUACUUAUUACGAUAUCUGGUAUUCCAGAAUUGAUGAAGCUUAUCAUUUGGAACUCUCAGGAGACAGAGAAAGAUCAAUGCAGAAACUGAAAACAAUGACAACAAUGCGUCAAAACAAAAGAUGCAAAUUAGAUGAGACACAAUUGAAAUCCGUUGAUACACAGUUUAACACUGUUAUCAACGCAAUUAAUAAGAAUCCGAAGAAAGAAUUUGAAGUUAAUCAAAUGUGGUCUCCUGUUCGUUUGUUUUUCCAGACAAUUCGCGAGAAAAUCAACAAGAUGGAUGUCAUCCAACUUGAAACAGUUUGUCAGGAAUUGUCUGAGAAAAGAGAUUUCAAAUUAUCUAUCCCAGGAACAUAUACAACAACGAACAAAGGACCAUCAAUUAUUUCAAUUGAUUCAACUCUCCCUGUUUUAAAUACACAACAACACCCGAGAAUUUUGUACAUGUACGGUUCAGAUGGUGCUAAAUGGAAGUUCCUUUUGAAAGGAAAUGAAGACUUGAGGUUGGACCAAAGAAUCAUGCAGUUCUUUGAUUUGAUUAACUCAUUAGUUAAAUCAAACAAAGUCACCCAGAAAACAGGAAUAACUAUUAUUAAUUAUUCCAUUACUCCUUUGGCAGUUAAUGCAGGAUUAAUUUCAUGGGUUACGGGUGCAGACACUAUGCAUCAACUUGUCACUGAUUACAGGAAGAUGCAGAAUAUACCUGUCAAUGCAGAGAAUGACAUAACAGCAUCAUAUGUCGGCAGCUGUGCACAGUAUUUGCAUUCAAUUCAGAAACUUGAAAUGUGGGACAAAAUUUCAAAAGAAUGUCCAGCAACAGAACUUCGUGAUUACUUCUGGAUGAAAUCUCCAAACCCUGUUGCAUGGCUAAGAUGUGUUGAUACGUUUUCUCUUAGUACAGCAUUGAUGUCAAUGUCUGGAUAUGUUGUUGGAUUGGGAGACAGACAUCCAUCGAAUAUAAUGAUACAAAGAAAGAAAGGACAUGUUGUUCACAUCGAUUUCGGAGAUUCAUUCGAAGUAACACAGACUAGACCUAAGAUGCCAGAGAAAGUUCCAUUCCGUCUUACUCGAAUGAUUGUCAAUGCAUUGGGUGUUUCACAAACAGCAGGUCAAUUCGCAACAAUGUGUGAGAACGUCCUUUACAUCCUUCGAAAGAACAAAUCAUCAAUAUUUGCACAACUCGAGAUAUUUGUUCACGAACCAAUCUUCGCAUCUCGUGAUUCACAAAACAAUGGAACAGCAAUUAUGAACCGUGUUUCUAUGAAACUCAACGGUCUUGAUCCAAGCAUUGAAAGUGGCAGCGAUGUUAGUGAAGAACUGAGUGUUGAAGAACAAACAUCUCGUUUGAUUUCUAUUGCAUCUGAUUACCACCGUUAUGUCACUCACUACGACGGCUGGUGUCCUUAUUGGUAA